UCAGGAGGCCAGGGAAUGCCAGGGGGAAAGGGAUUUUCUGAUGCUGGGGGCUCUGAGACUGUCAAGUUUAAAAAAUGAAAGUAAUAUAAAAGAGGCAAAGUGGCAUUUAUCAUUCCAUCUCUCCAGGCUCCUGUCUCUUUAAUCAGCUAGCCUGAUUUGCCCAGUAAAUGAUUCCUGAGUGUGUGUGUGUGUGUGUGUGUGUGUGCCCGCGCGCGUGUGUUGUAGCUCUGUCAAUCCUUGGAUUAGAACCAAUGACUGCUGCUUGUAGGAGGGCUGUCCAGGGCCAGAUUGUACAAUGGGCCUCAGUGCCAGAGUAUGAGUGGAGAUAAUUACGGAGAAGUCACACUCUCUCGCACCCUCCGCUUCCUUUUUGUGUCCUUCAGCAAAACAGUGGAUUUAAAUCUCCUCCUAGGAGCUUGAGAGCAACACAAUCUAUCAGGGGGAAAAAAAAAGAAAAAGAAAGAAAGAAAGAAAGAAAAAAAACCCGAACCUGACAAAAAAGAAGAAAAAGAAGAGGAAAAAAAAAAUCAUGAAAACCAUCCAGGCAAAAAUGCACAAUUCUAUCUCUUGGGCAAUCUUCACGGGGCUGGCUGCUCUGUGUCUCUUCCAAGGAGUGCCCGUGCGCAGCGGAGAUGCCACCUUCCCCAAAGCUAUGGACAACGUGACGGUCCGGCAGGGGGAGAGCGCCACCCUCAGGUGCACGAUUGACAACCGGGUUACCCGGGUGGCCUGGCUAAACCGCAGCACCAUCCUCUACGCUGGGAAUGACAAGUGGUGCCUGGAUCCUCGUGUGGUCCUCCUGAGCAACACGCAAACUCAGUACAGCAUUGAGAUCCAGAAUGUGGAUGUGUAUGACGAGGGCCCAUACACCUGCUCUGUGCAAACAGACAACCACCCAAAGACCUCUCGGGUCCACCUCAUUGUACAAGUGUCCCCCAAAAUUGUAGAGAUUUCUUCAGAUAUCUCCAUUAAUGAAGGAAACAAUAUCAGCCUCACCUGUAUAGCGACAGGUAGACCGGAGCCUACAGUUACCUGGAGACACAUCUCCCCCAAAGCUGUUGGCUUUGUGAGUGAAGAUGAAUACUUGGAAAUUCAGGGCAUUACCCGGGAGCAGUCUGGGGACUAUGAGUGCAGCGCCUCCAAUGACGUGGCUGCACCAGUGGUGCGAAGAGUAAAGGUCACCGUGAACUAUCCACCAUACAUUUCAGAAGCUAAGGGUACAGGUGUCCCUGUGGGACAGAAGGGGACUCUGCAGUGUGAAGCCUCAGCAGUUCCCUCAGCAGAAUUCCAGUGGUACAAGGAUGACAAAAGACUGAUUGAAGGAAAGAAGGGAGUCAAAGUGGAAAACAGACCUUUCCUGUCAAAACUCAUCUUUUUCAAUGUCUCUGAACAUGACUACGGGAACUACACUUGUGUGGCCUCAAACAAGUUGGGCCACACCAAUGCCAGCAUCACAUUAUUUGAACUAAAUGAGCCUACAAGCUCAACUUUGUUGCAAGAAGUGAAAACUACAGCCCUGACCCCUUGGAAAGGCCCCGGCGCAGUCAGCGAAGUGAACAAUGGGACGUCGUCACGGAGGGCAGGCUGCAUUUGGCUUCUCCCUCUUCUGGUCUUGCACCUGCUCCUCAAAUUUUGAUGUGAGUGCCACUUCCCCUGGGGGGGGAAAGCUGCCGCCACUGCACCAACAACACAACCGCAACGGCAACCUGACAGCAACAAUAAGAAUCAAAUGAAAUUCAGAGAAACACAGCCUAAUGGGACAGAAAUUCGAGGGAGGGAAACAAAGAAUACUUUGGGAAAGAAAAAAAAAAUGUUUUAAAGAGGAAAUUGAAAAUUGCCUUUCAGAUAUUUAGGUACCACUGAGUUUUCUUUCUUUUCCCAAAACGGGAAGAAUGCACACCCGGCUUGGGCCCACCCGCAAGCUGCACCGUGUGACCUCUCUGUUGCCAGGGUGGGCAAGGGCUCAGAUGCCGUGCCCACUAAAGUGCCCCACCAUGGAACAUUCUGGAGUCGGCCAUCCCAAAUUCCAUCCGUCAGUAGAGACAAACGCAGAGUGAGCCAUGCAGGCUCAGAUGUGCCACGGCGGGCCCUUUGGUAGACUGCGCCACCAUUGUGUGUGUCAUGAAAUGUGAAAUUAAAAAAGAAAGAAAGAAAAAGGAGACAAGACAGCCUGACAGCGACAACGAUCCCACAAACAACAGUCACAAAAAAUCUUGUUAAACAUUUUUUUUCUGUUUUUCAUUUUACUACAUGGACAUGAUGGAUAAUAAGGGAUUCUGAUUCAUUAUUAAUUUUAUUAAUUAUAUUUUCUGAUAUGAGUCUAGAACUUAGUGCAAAAACAAGACGAAACUAAAAUAUACACACAUGAGAGGGGUAAAGAGAAAUGUGUUUGUUAAAUAUUAAAAAUGAAUAGUGUUAUCUCUUAACUAGGUUUACAAUAGGUGGACCACACACCAGGAAUAAGGACCUGGUGAGGAUUUGGCAGAUCCACCAAAAAAAACACAUCCAGUUUAACCAACCUCUCCACCAGCGCUACAGAUUCCUCCUUUUCUGGCAUUUCAUGCAGACAAUACUAUGCUAUCUACAUACUGUUUAGAAAUGGAAAGUUGAUCACACUGUAUCUUGGGUUUGUUGGCUAUGCUUCCUUUGAUGACAUAUAUUAUACAGUAUAUAUAUACAUAUAUUUUUUUUGUUAGAGUUCUAGCCAUUUUGUUUCUCAGCAGGGUCCUUUCUCAGACAUUACUGCAUGCUGUAUAUGGCGUUAGCUGUGUGUUGAUCUUCUAAAAGAUGAUAGAGUUUACUGGUAAUUGUGUAAUCAGCUCCUGCCUUUUUAUUUUCUUGGGUUAUUUACACGUCAGAGACAUUUAUAAAAAAAGUGAAAAGCAAAACAACUAAUACCAGGCGCAGCAUUUUUCCAGGUGUGGCUCUCUGAGGCGAAGGCCCUCUUGUCCCAGGUUGCCUCGCUUCUCCAUCACGCCUCGGGGCAUUAACAGACAGCAAGCAACUGAACAAACUAAACUGUCAGUAACCACUUGCUUUAGCCCAUUAUGGGAAUCCCUGAUGCCUUUGUGACCACUGGAGAAUUUAAUCCUCUUAGUUGAUUUUAUUUAAUUUCCCACCUUUGUGUGAGUGUGUAUGAAAGAGAAGAAAAAUGCAGUUUUUAGGUAACCUUUUUUUUUCCUCCCCCGAAGUCUGGGAACCAGAGCGGCCUCGGGGAGGGGUUCUGGAUGUGAUGAGGGAAAGUGGGAUUGGGGGAUAGGGGAGGGAAGGGUUGUCUCUGACUUGACAUUAAAAAGUGUUCCAUGUCCCUCUU